CCCCACCCCUCCCAAGCCGUUCGGUCGCGAAGACGGUCCGUGGCCGCCGGGCGAGGCCGUGCCUCCCCCUUCCCGGCCGCCGUAGUCGAAUUCAAAAAAAACAAAAACAAAAAACGGUUACCCGGCAACGGGAAAUAACAACUGGAACCAUCUGCACCAGCUCUGAGAGAACGAAGAGGUACAACAGGCAGUUCCUUCCAAGGAGAUGUCGAUUCCAUUCUCCAACACCCACUACCGAAUUCCACAAGGAUUUGGGAAUCUUCUUGAAGGGCUGACACGCGAGAUUCUGAGGGAGCAACCAGAAAAUAUACCAGCUUUUGCAGCAGCGUAUUUUGAAAAUCUUCUAGAGAAACGAGAGAAAACCAACUUUGACCCAGCAGAAUGGGGGACUAAGGUAGAUGACCGCUUCUAUAACAACCAUGCAUUCAAGGAUCAUGAAUCACCUGAGAAUUGUGAGUCCGAAAAAGAAAAGUCUCACACACCUGUGAAAGAGGAUGAGACACCAGUCACAGCCUUAGAACCUUCUGAAGAAGAAAAAGCAAAAGAGGAGAACGCUGCUCUAAAAAUCCAAGCAGUCUUCCGGGCACACUUAGCCAGAGAGGAGGUGAAGAGAAUGAAAUCGGGUGAAGCUCAAGAGAAAAGAGAAGAAAAUAAAUGAGAAGACUGGUUUUACUCCCCCGCUCCCCAGAAAAAACAUGAAAAAAUCAUCCAGAUCCAUCAACCUCGUUGUGAUUAUUGGUUUUUUUUCUUAGUAAGGGAGAUUUGAUGUAGUGAAAUAACAUUUGUUGCUGUUGUGAAAAUCUGUCAUGAGCAUUUGUUUAAUAAACAUGCCAUUGAACACAUGCCUCUUAAA